GCCGAGUUGGAUCAGGAAACUCGGACGAGUCGUGAGAUUACAACUACGCAAGAAGGCCUUUGGAUUUUUUAACCCGCGUAGAAGAGUGUGGACAGAGAGGCCAUUGUUCUCUCUUACCUUUUGGGCUUUCGCUUUCUUUAUCGUUGUUGCCCUAGAACCUUCCUAUCCCUGCUCCAAUGGCGCUUCUCCACUUUUAACAAGGAUCCGCUUCGAACCCUAGAUGUUUGCUGCAAUUUCGAUGAAGUGUUGGAUCAUUUUCGUUUAGCUGUAUUGAAUUUUUUUGUUUGGGUUUUUUUCGGAAGUUGUUUGGGUUAGGAUUUGAUUCGAUUUGGUAAAUGGAGUCUCCGGUUGUGAAAAAAAGGGGACGACCGAGGAAACGGAGGAGAGAGGAGGAUGAAAAAUCGGGUAUUGAAACGAAGAAGCUGGCUGUUGAAACGAAACCUAUUGCAUUGUUGGGUCGAUAUAUGAUGAAGGAGUUUGAGGAUAAUGGAGUUUUUCUCGGGAAAGUUGUGUAUUAUGCUGAUGGUUUGUAUAGAGUUCAUUACGAAGAUGGGGACUGUGAAGAUUUGGAAAGCCGUGAGAUUCGUGGGAGCAUUUUGGACGACAAGGAUUUUACCAGUAAGUUGAACACCCGAAAGAAGAAACUUGAUGAGUUGAUAUUGAAAAGUAAAGUGAAGCAUGGUAUGGAUGUGGAAUCGAAAAACGAUGUGGAUAAGGUUGAAGCAUCCAAAACAAUUGAUUUGCCUGGGGGAACAGUUACUGGAAAUGAUGAUGGAGAAGUUGAUGCUGAUGCUGAUUCAUCAAAUGAUUCUUCUGAGUGUGCCAGGGAUAGAGACUUGAGCAUUGAAGCUGAGGUACCAGCUGUUCCUCCACCUCAAUUGCCACCUUCUUCCGGUACCAUCGGUGUUCCGGAGCAGUAUGUAUCACAACUUUUCUCAGUUUAUGGUUUCUUGCGAUCAUUUAGCAUCUGUUUGUUCUUGAGCCCAUUUACUUUGGAUGAUUUUGUGGGAUCUCUUAAAUGUCGUGUUCCAAAUACAUUGUCGGAUGCAAUCCAUGUUUCUGUUAUGCGUGCUCUGAGGCGUCAUCUUGAUAGAAUCUCUGAAGAUGGUUCAGAGCUUGCAUCAAAAUGCUUGAGGUGCAUCGAUUGGAGCUUGCUUGAUACAUUGACUUGGCCUGUUUUUAUGGUCCAGUAUUUAACAAUUAUGAGAUACACAAAAGGACCUGAGUGGAAGGGAUUUUACGAUGAGGUGUUGGGAAGGGAUUAUUAUUCUUUAUCAGUUGGUAGGAAACUGCUUAUUCUGCAAGUCCUUUGUGAUGAUGCCCUUGAUUCUGCAGAACUAAGGGCUGAAAUUGAUUUACGUGAGGAGUCGGAAGUUGGAAUCGAUUACGAUGCAGAAGAAAUGGAUCCUCCUGAAAUCAAACCGAAAAGGGUUCAUCCCAGGUAUUCAAAAACUUCUGCCUGUAAGGAAAGAGAAUCUAUUGGGGCUUUUAAAGUGAGCCAAACGAGUAAAAAAGGUGAAUUGGAUGCUGUUGAUAUGGAUGUGGAUCGAAAUAGUGAUGAAUGUCGGCUUUGUGGCAUGGAUGGAACCUUGCUUUGUUGUGAUGGGUGCCCAUCCGCAUAUCACACCAGGUGUAUAGGUGUUAUGAAAUUGUCUAUACCAGAAGGUUCUUGGUAUUGUCCAGAGUGUACAAUUAACAAGUUGGGGCCAACUAUUACAUUCGGAACGUCCCUUAGAGGAGCAGAAAUACUUGGCAUUGAUUCAUAUGGGCAAAUCUUCAUGGGUACUUGCAACUACUUGUUGGUGCUCAAGGCUUCUGUCACGGAAGAACCAUGCCUUCGAUAUUACAAUAGGGAGGACAUUCCAAAAGUCCUGCAGAUGCUUUGUACCUCUCCACAACAUGAAUCUUUGUAUUUGGGGGUCUGCCAUGCAGUUUUGCAAUAUUGGGAUAUUCCCUCAAGUAUCUUACCCCUUUCAGAGAUGACCAUCAAGGAUGCAAAUUUAUCAAAUCUAAAAGAAGAUUCCAACUGUCCUACUGCUAGUAUAGAUCAAAGUAGUGUAGAUAAUGGGACAUCUAUUCACCCAGUUCAAGUUGACCACUGUCCUGGAUCUCAGAUUAGUGGUGAGACCAAGCAAUUGGAGUACCCUCUCACAAAUACGAAGCUGCAUGAGGGGAAUGGAUCGACAAGUUUAGUUAGACAGCAUGCUGAUUCAUCUGAUAUUACCAGUCAAAAUUUGGUUGAGAGAUCACUUAUUGCAUACUCUUCAGAAAACAGCAAUUGCAGCUACAUUGAGCAUCCUAAUGGGAGUAAUUGUCUGGUGAAUCUAUCUUCUCAAAGAAAAGAUAGCAGAACUGUAGCUUUAGGGAAGGAUCAACACAAUUCAAAUAAUAAUUGUGUUUUUAUGGGGCACCUUUAUAAACCUCAGUCCUACUUAAAUUACUACAUGCAUGGGGACUUUGCUGCAUCAGCUGCUGCUAAAUUGGCUACUCUUUUGCCAGAGGGAACUCGGAAUUCUGAAGCUUAUGCUUCAGACUCCAAAAAAGCUUCGUCUGAAAACUAUUUGCAAGUUAAAGCAUUCUCACUAACAGCCUCACGUUUCUUCUGGCCAACUUCUGAUAAGAAGCUUGUAGAGGUUCCAAGAGAGAGAUGUGGUUGGUGCCUUUCAUGUAAGGCUUCUGUUUCGAGCAAAAGAGGGUGCAUGUUAAAUCAUGCUGCCUUGUCUGCCACUAAAAGUGCUAUGAAGACCCUUGCCAGCAUCCGUUCCAUAAAGAGUGAAGGGAUUAUUGCAAGCAUUGCAACAUACAUAUUGUAUAUGGAGGAAAGUUUAUGUGGUCUAUUACAUGGCCCCUACAUGAAUGCAAAUUAUCGGAGAGAAUGGCGUAAACAGGUUGAACAAGCAUCAACGUGCAGUGAAUUAAAACGCUUCCUGCUUCAACUUGAGGAAAAUAUCCGGAUCCUUGCACUUUCUAGUGAUUGGGUUAAGCUCGUUGAUGAUUGGUUAGUUGAAUAUUCUGCAAUGCAAAAUGCAAUGUCCACUGCUGGAGUGACACAAAAACGUGGUCCUAUUGGAAAGCGUAGCAAGAAGCAAGCUGUGAUCUCUGAAUUGACAACUGAUGGUAGCCAUAAUAAAAGUUUUGUCUGGUGGCAAGGGGGAAAGCAAUCAAAGCUUGUAUUCCAGAAAGCAAUUUUGCCCCUUUCGAUGGUCAGAAAAGCAGCUCGUCAAGGAGGUUCGAAAAAGAUCUCUGGAUUAUUUUAUACUGAUGGUCCAGAGAUUCCUAAAAGAAACAGACAGUUGGUUUGGAGAGCUGCUGUUGAAAUGAGUACAAAUGCUUCCCAGCUUGCACUUCAGGUCAGAUACUUGGAUUUGCAUGUAAGAUGGAGUGAACUCGUUCAUCCUGAGCUAAAUAUCUUGGAGGGGAAAAAUGUUGAUGCCGAAGCUUCUGCUUUUAGAAAUGCAUUUGUUUGUAGCAAAAAAGUUGUAGAAAGCAAGGUUACUUACGGAGUUGCUUUUGGUAGCCAAAAGCAUCUUCCUUCACGUGUAAUGAAGAGCAUCAUUGAAAUAGAGAAAAGUCAGGAUGGAAAGGACAAGUAUUGGUUUCCUGAAAAUCGUAUUCCUUUACACUUGAUUAAAUUGUAUGAAAUGACUGUAAGUGAAAGGUCUUUGCCAUCGGUUCAGGGGCAUUUUAAUUUGCUUACAAAGAGAAAACAGUUGAAGCCUCUUCACAGAGACAUAUUUUUCUAUCUUACAUGCAAGAGAGAUAAUCUGGAGUUAUGCACCUGUAUUUCAUGCCAUCGAGAUGUUGUAGUCCAGAAUGUUGUCAAGUGUAGCAUAUGCAAAGGUUCCUGUCAUGGUGACUGCACAAUUACUACAUCAUUUCCUACGAAUGAGGACGUUACCUUCCUCACAAUGUGCAAGCAGUGCCACGGAAAGAACGCAACUUGCAAUGAAUCUCCAACUAGUCCUUUUCAGUUGGAAGUGGCAGUGUAUCAAAAGUUGAUGACUGCCAAUAAGGGAUCCAGGGCUCGGGACACUCGUCCAGAACUCAAACAAAUUGCCUCCGAACCUACUUCAACAGCGAAAAAAGCUCCGAAAUCAUCUUCUGCAGCGAAAAAAGCUUCUUUCAAGUCUACUUCCACUGCAAGAAAGGAUUCUUCUAGAUCUACUUCUGUGGCAAAAAGUCGGCCGAAGUCAGGUUCUUGGGGUAUUAUAUGGAAGAAGGGUAAUUUAGAGUCAUGUGAGGCCAGUGUUAAUUUCAGGCAUAAUAACAUUCUUUUAAAGGGUGGUUCAGGUGUGCAUAGAAAGGAUCCCUUGUGCAAUCUCUGUUGUAAGCCAUAUAGGCCAGAUUUAACGUAUUUGUGCUGUGAAACAUGCCAGAAAUGGUAUCACGCCGAUGCUCUUGAAUUCGACGAGACAAGACUCUUUGAUAUGGUGGGCUUCAAAUGUUGCAAGUGUAGGAGGAUAAAAUCCCCUGUAUGUCCUUAUGCAGAUCCUAAACCUGGGAGCAAAAAAAAAGACCGAAAUAUUCUUUAUUCUAAACUAAGUGAAGCUGCUACACCUGCACCUCGAGUUCCAAAAAUACGCUUCACGUUGAAGCAGCGAGAGCGAGAAAGUUCUGGAGUGGGCUCCAACCCUGUAACCAUUUCUAAUUCUAAACAAAGUGAACCUAUUACUCCAAUGUUUCCGUCGGAACUAGUGUCCCAACCUAAUGAUCCUCUUCUUCUUCCUCUAACGACUGAUGCUCAGUUAAUAACGGAGCCUAAUUUAGAAAUGGAUACAGGUAAGGCAGUGCCACAUAAAUUACCAGUCAGGAGGCAAAUGAAGCAUGAAGGAGAUGUCGACAUUUAUCCAGAUGGUAAUUUUUCUGAUGUUGAAGCCUACCCUCCUUAUCAAAUGGAAAACCCCAUGGAAGCCACAGAUGUUAUGUCGAUCCCUCCUUCGGAAUGGAAUGCUUCUGUAGAAUUGGAAAAUAUUGAAGAGGAAAUAUUGUUUGAUGAUUUAGAUUAUGGGAAUCUAGAUUUCGAACCCCAAACACUAUUCACUUUCUCAGAGUUGCUGGGAGUUGAUGGUUCUGUGGAUGAACCAGGUCAGGGAAAAACUGUUGGCACUAAUUCUUCCAACUACGUCUCUGAACAGUACGGAACAACCACUUCAAACGAUGAAUCAAAGACCGUACCGCUUGUAAAACCUCCUGGAAAAUGUAAUGUUUGUAUGCAAUCAGAACCGUCCCCUGAUCUUUCUUGUCAAAUUUGCGGGUUUUGGACACAUAGGCAUUGUUUAACUCCAACAGAGGCAUCAUCUUGGGAUGGCGGCGAGAAACUAUGCUACUGUCAAGAGUGGUCUUAGUUACAUUUUUAUCGAUUCCCAAAUGCCCACAGAGACAGGUUGUGAUCUUUGUGUCGAAGAAUCUUCAAACGACAGAUAAGAUAAGCCGACACAAGCUGAAAGGCAAGCUUUUACUGUAUCAUUUUGAAGUGGUUAUUCUUUUUUCCUAUUGCAUACAGAGGCCUGUUUGAUCAUCAUGUCUUUGUUGAUAAUGAUUUUCCUUCUUGGCAAAGCUCAUUGUAGGUUACAUUGCGAUUUUUCCUUCCCUCCGGGACAGUUUAGGAAAUCGAAAAAGGUUCACUAGUAGUUAUUAGGAUUGUAAGGAGGCCAUUGUUGUUUUUAAAGCUACAAAUCAAAUAUUCUCUGUGAUGUUGGAAGAUAAGCAAAUUUUUUUGAUAUUGUGCUUAUCUAACUGAAAAAAAUUGCUUGCAAAUGAAAAGAUGUUCCAUAUUUUUUCUCCUCCUUGACUGAAGAUCAGUUUGGAGUGAGAGCA